AUGUCAAAGAUGCUCCAAAGCAUGUGCCGCCAGUUCGCUGAUGAGGAACUAGCCCCUAACGCGGGAUCGUGGGACAAAGAGCACAAGCUUCCAGUGGAAGUCAUCAAGAAGAUGGGAGAGAUGGGCUUGAUGGGAGUGAGUCAGCCAACGGAAUUCGGGGGCUCGGGGAUGGAUACCAUGUCCUACGCCAUUUCUCUCGAAGAAAUCUCUCGCGGAUGCGCCAGCUGCGGUGUGGUCAUGUCCGCCAACAACUCGCUUUACUGUGACCCGAUCAAGAUGUUCGGGACAGCCGAGCAGAAAGAAAAAUGGCUGACUGACUUUGCGUCCGGCAACAAGCUUGGCUGCUUUGCUCUGAGUGAACCCGGCAACGGAUCGGAUGCAGGGGCUGCGUCGACGGUGGCUGUGGCUGAUGGCGAUCACUUUGUCUUGAAUGGCACUAAGAACUGGAUCACCAACGGGCCGACUGCAGAUGCUGCCAUCGUCUUCGCGACCUCCGACAAGUCAGCCAAACACAAAGGAAUCUCCGCGUUCUUGGUAGAGAAAGGCACUCCCGGCUUUACCACGGGAAAGCCCGAGGAUAAGCUUGGGAUCCGAGCGUCGGGCACCUGCAGCCUCAUCUUCGAGGACUGUCGCAUCCCUCGCUCUCAUCUCCUCGGCGAUCUUGGCAUGGGCUUCAAGAUCGCCAUGAUGACCCUAGACGGUGGCAGGAUCGGAAUUGCAAGCCAGGGAGUCGGGAUAGCGCAGGCUUCGCUAGAUGCUGCAGUGAGAUACUCGGAAACGCGCACGGCGUUCGGCAGUCCCAUCUCAAAGCUGCAGGCCAUCCAGUUCAAGAUCGCUGACAUGGCCAUGAAGAUUGAGUCCGCCCGCCUCCUCACCUGGCGAGCAGCUCAGAUGAAAGAUGACAAGGAGAACUUCAUCAAGGCUGCGGCCAUGGCAAAACUCGCGGCGUCGGAAGCGGCAACUUUCUGCUCGCAUCAAGCGAUUCAAGUGCUGGGAGGAUACGCAGGAUACGUGACGGAUUACCCGGUGGAGCGACACUACCGAGACGCUAGGAUCACAGAGAUUUAUGAAGGAACAAGCGAGAUUCAGCGUCUGGUCAUUGCCGGGCAGGUCUACAAGGAUUACGCUUGA